AAACCAUACGCCAAGUCCUCCACAAGGGCCGGCCUUCAUGUUUCAGCAAAUACAAAUAGCAACUCCUCUCUUUUCAUUUCCAGUACUUACUACCCCUAUAACAACCACAGCCAACAACAUCUAGCAUCAGCUCUGCUUCGAACUCUCUUAAAGUUUUGAACUUGUUUAAUGGGGAGGUCUCCUUGUUGUGAAAAGGCUCACACGAACAAAGGAGCUUGGACCAAAGAAGAGGAUGAUCGCCUCAUUGCUUAUAUCCGAGCUCACGGCGAAGGCUGCUGGCGUUCCCUCCCCAAAGCCGCGGGGCUUCUUCGCUGCGGCAAGAGCUGCAGGCUGCGCUGGAUCAACUACCUCAGACCGGACCUCAAGCGCGGCAAUUUCACUGAAGAAGAAGACGAGCUCAUCAUCAAGCUACACAGUCUCCUUGGCAACAAAUGGUCUUUGAUUGCUGGGAGACUGCCGGGAAGAACAGACAAUGAGAUAAAGAAUUACUGGAACACCCAUAUAAGAAGGAAGCUUUUGACAAGAGGGAUUGACCCUGCAACUCACAGACCACUCAAUGAAACAACUACACAGGAUUCUGCGACCACCACCACUAUCUCUUUUGCUGCUUCUUCUGCUAUUAUCAAAGAAGAAGACCAGAAAACCAGCACCAGUGUUGGGAUUGUGGGCAGCAAGGUCGACUCACUAAACCCAGUUCAAGAAAAGUGUCCAGAUUUGAAUCUUGAGCUUAGAAUUAGUCCUCCUAGUCAGCCCAAGCCAGCUGAGUCUUUCAAGAGUGGAGGAAGGGGUUUCUGCUUUUCUUGCAGUUUGGGAUUAAAGGACUCCAAGAGUUGCAGUAGCUGUGGGAUUGAUAAUAUUGGUGCUACAAGUGCUGGCACUAGUAAUAUUGCUUAUGAUUUCUUGGGAUUGAAAAAUGGGGUGUUGGAUUACAGAAGCUUGGAGAUGAAAUGAGGGUAAUUAGUUGGAGUCCAUGGAAUUGUAAUAUGUAGUUCUAAGUUGAGUAUGGGAGAAUUCAGAAAGAGAUUGCUGAUAGUAAUCCCUUGAGAGGUCUCUGAUGUUUUCCCUCUGAUGUCUCUAAUUUUUAUGACUAUUAGAGCAUAUUUAAUAUAAUACCAGUACAGCUGAUUGGGGAAAUUCCUUUGAUCAUUUUUCUGAAUGUGAAUUGUCUUCUGAUUGAG